AUGUUUGCACAUCUAUUCAUGCGAACAAAAUUGCAGUAUGAUGAAAUCGACGAAUCAGAUGGCUGUAAAGUGCGAGUAUGCGAGUAUCGCAUUUUGUCUGCUGACGGAUACGAAGAGCUGACGAAGACUUGUCGAACAAAGCUGAAGAUCGAAUGCAAUCAGAGUUCGAGAAGAACUGAAAUAACGAAUGGGCGUGAAGCUCGUGUUGAGGAAAAAAAUGCACGACUUUUGGGCGAUAUUGAUGGUUUCCGGGCACCGAUCGUAAUGGAUAACUCCUCGCAACUAUGCCUUGAUUCAUCAGAUCCUCAGGAUGUUGCAAUUGGCGCGGUUCUUCAAAAAACACAAGAGAAGUUUAUGAACAUGCUGAACGAUCAAAAAAAUCAGUUGGUGAGUAUGUUUCCGGAUCUUUUUUCUGAAAUGCGAACGCAGUCUUCGCUAAUCAACACACCAGUCACUGAGGUCGAGACGAUUGUGAAUCCUGACGGGACCAAAACGACACGUAUGCGUACAUCCGCUGCAUAUAGUCACCAUUUCUCGAAACAUGAGAUGUACAUAAAUGGUGUUAAGCAAGAAUCGAAGAGUAAAUUCAGAGCUUUUAUGGAAUACAAAGGACCUGAAGGUGGCUUCAAAGUGAAGCUAGCAGAUAAUCCAGAUGAGGAUCUUUCUGAAGAAGAAUUGGAUGACGUGAGUGAGCAGAAUGAAGACAAUCGAUCUCAAUUUUCCGAAAUUCCCGAAAACCAAUCGGCUGUCUUCUCAGUUGGUACAAUGGGCCGUGUGCCAGCAAUGAAAGAAAAAGUUAAAAAGCGCCUUGAAAAGGCAUGGCAUGCAGCGAAAGAGCUUGUCGAUUCGGAGCAGCGAUACGUUGAAAAACUGCAUCUGCUUGAUGAGGUGUUUCGAAAGCGUAUUGUGGAUGAAAAGGUUGUAGAAAAAGAUAAAUUGAGUCAACUGUUCGCCAAUAUAUCAAGUUUGCAUCAGUUUCAUAACACCCAUCUUCUGCCAGCAUUAAUGGAUAGUUGCAGAGAGUGGCACACCACGCACAGGAUAAGUGGCGUAUUACGGAAACGUGCACCUUUCCUUAAAAUGUAUUCUGAAUAUACCAACAAUUAUAAAAGAGCUACAAAAGUGUUUGAUGAAUGCUACAAAAAGAAACGUCGAUUUGCACAAAUCGUACAAGAGAUUGAGCAGUUACCGGAAUGUGAAAAUUUACCGUUAAUGUCGCACCUGAUUUGUCCUGUUCAACGGGUGAUGCGCUAUCAAUUAUUACUGCAGGAAUACAAAAAACAUCUGGAUAGUACAGAUCCUGAUUAUGAGGAUACUGAAGAGGCGCUCACACUUGUUCUUGAUGCUGCGAGUCAUGCAAAUGAAAUGAUGCGCAAGCUGGACCGAUAUAGAAACGUUCUUGAAGUACAGGAGCAAUUGGGAAACACAAUCUCGCUUGUGUCGCCUAGUCGUGAGUUGGUCAAACGUGGAAAACUUUCGAAGAUAUCAUCGUCUUCAGACAAAACAGAGGAUCGUUUUCUGUUCCUGUUCAACGAUCUUCUUCUACUCGCUUCUGAGCGUACAUUACCUGCAUUCGGCAAAUACAAAGUCAGAGCGGUAUUCGACGCAAUCUUAACUCAAAUUUAUGAAGGUGAUAAUCUAGAAAGAGAGCAUUCAUUCUACAUUCGUGGAGCUGAUUCGACGGCUGGUCCAUCAAGAUGUCUUGAACUGAUUGCGUUUAGUCAGAAAGAAAAGACUGAUUGGAUUGACGCUAUUUGGGCCGUGAUCAGUGAAAGUCUUUCUCGCAAACAUUCGUUCAGCCCAUCAGUUUCGAUGCACAAUGUGACAUCACCACGCACCGAAAGUCGUUGUUGUGCGAAAUGCGAUACGGAAUUUUCAUUCAUCUCUAGAGGUGUGCCGUGUUCACGUUGUGGUCAACGCUUCUGCAAGAAGUGCUUCGGUAGAUUACGUGCCGAAGGGAAAACACGUCGUAUUUGUGAACCAUGUUCUCAACUCUUUGAGGUUGUUAAAGUAAACGAUACCAAUAAACAAUCAAAAACUCGCAUCAACCCACUCGCCGUUGCUGCCAAAAGUGGUGAUAUAUUGCAUGCGAGCGUUGUUACAUUCAAAGGAUCUUUGAACAGGCCGUUAACGAGGUACUUCGUGGUGCGUAAAGAUUUCUGCCUAUACUCCUAUCAGAACGACAACGAUGAUUGUGCAUCUGCAAUGCUACCAUUGCCGGGUUGUGAAGUGAAAAUGAGUGGCGAACGAUUAACGUUCACGAUAAGGCAUGCUCAGCGACAUUAUACAGUGACGGUUGGUGAUGAGCAAACACAGAUUCGAUGGAUGGCUGUGUUGGAUCUAGCUGCAAAUGCUGUUCUCAAAGAGAAGACUAACCUAUAG